AUGGAGCAAGUGGUGCUGGCGAUGGAGAAGUACACGAUCAAGGUAACAACAAUGUUGAGCUUCAUCUACUACAGCUUCACCUACUUCCUUGUGUAUACCAUGGGGGUCUUUGCUGCAGGCGUCUACAUUGAACACAAGUACAAGAGGAUUACCAGAUUCUUUGUCACAUGGCGCCGGGUGGAUGACUUCCUGAACGCGAUCAAGAUGAAGUUCAUGAACCUGUUCCUGAAGAUGCUGGAACUGGACAUGGACGUUGAGAAGUGCAACUUCGAUCUCUUCAAGAUGAACGUGAAGGUCGAGGUGAAAGGUGGGGUGUUGGACAUUUUGUCACACACCCAUGCGCAGACGCUUGCUGCGCUGCGCCGCACAGUGGCACAGAUGGUAUCUUAUUCAUCCUUCAAGGCAAAGUUGGACGACCGAUGGGGCUCUUUGGCAUUACCGAUGGGGCAAGUCUUGACAUUUCUAGGUUACAUCUUGGAGGCCAAUGCUCCUCAGCUCCACGGACGGUUGGAAACAAGACAGAACUCCAACGGCUCCGUGUGGGCUCGUCAGCUGAUCUCAGGGCCUCCAAAGCUUGCAGAGCAACUUGUGGAGCUGACCAUUGAGCCGGACCGGAGUGUGAACUUUUUGCGAAGAAAAGCGGAGCAAGCACUCCAGAGGCCACUGAAGGCCUUGUUUGGCGGAGGCCGUUUGAACAAUCCCAGCCGACUCUGCGAUGUGGGCGUCCAAGAUGGUGAUCUGCUGACGGCCAUCGUGCGAGAGCCGGGCCCCAUCAUGGAAUCCUAUCGGAAGGCUCGUGCUUUCGCGGCCAUUUGCGACGGCGAAGUGGUCACUUGGGGCGCACCUCACUUCGGUGGCCAACUGCCUGCACGGCUGCGACCGCGGCUGGUGGACGUGGCUUCGGUGGUGGUCUCAGCGUAUGCCUGUUGCGCACUCCGGAAUGACGGGGAGGUGGUCACUUGGGGCUCUGAGCUGUCAGGAGGGGAUUCGGAAGAAGUCACUCACGAGCUUCGUGACGUGAUCGAAAUCUACGCGACGGACGCAGCCUUUGCAGCAUUGAAAGGUAAUGGCAGUGUUGUGACCUGGGGCGAUGCCAGGAAUGGUGGCAGCUCUAAAGAAGUUUCAGGUGAUUUGUUUGGGGUUCAGAAAAUCUUUGCUUCCACCACAGCCUUUGCUGCAAUCCGAUCUGAUGGUCGAGUGGUUACUUGGGGUGCAAGGAAUGCUGGAGGCGACAGUAGCGCAGUGCAGGAUCAGCUGCGAGAUGUGAAGCAAAUACAUGCAACCAACGUGGCCUUUGCAGCAGUGAGAGGAGACGGCUCAGUUGUUACGUGGGGUGCAGUCAGCGGAGGUGGGGAUUGCAGCGAAGUAGCUGAUCAACUGGUGAACAUCGGGCAGAUUCACUCAACCACCCGAUCCUUUGCUGCGCUUUCUGCUGAUGGGAAGGUUGUAACCUGGGGUGCUCCCAGCACUGGUGGUGACAGCUCCACAGUGCAAGGUGAGUUGUUGGAUGUAGUGCAGCUGGCGGCCAGCGAGACCGCCUUUGUGGCCAUCCGGGAGGAUGGUGCAUUAUUCACCUGGGGCGACUCGAAGAUCCCAGAUGUGGAGCAGCUAUCUGCGGUUUCUCGACAGGUUUUGGCCACCGAUUCGGCCUUUGCUGCCCUGGGAGUCGAUGGCAAAGUUGUCACCUGGGGGUCGAAGAAGGGAGGCGACAGCAGUGGUGUCCAGGAGCAAUUGGUGGAGGUUGGGGGCCACAGCUAUUGGUCUGCAGACUCUGAGGAUCUGAUGGACGUGUGGCAGCUUCAGCACCUCCAUGCCUUGGAUUUGAAUGCUGCCGGAACAACCGGCGGUGCCGUGUGGUGGUCAGCGCUAGCGGAAAAGAUUGUGCAUACUACGAAGACCAGAUCCACCUCCUCCUUCUUCAGCCCCCGUACGGAGCUCCGAGCCUUCGCCACCCCCACCACCCAAACCCGGCUCUGUCGCUUGGGUGUCGCCAGUGUGGCCCCUCCCUCGGUGUCCUCCGUGCCCUCAGCACCGUCGAUGCCUUCCGCGCCCUCGGCACCGUCGGGCAUCAGCACCGUGGGCGCGCCGACCCAGACCGCUUCUGCGGGGUCGUUGGGCUGGCACCGGACCGGUGCGACUUCUCCCUGGCGGCCGCAUUCCUUCACACCACCCGGGGUGGUGGUACCCGCAUGGGCGUGGCUGCCGGAAGAGGCCAAGCGACCCAGUGAGACUUCGAAGCUUUUGAACUUGCCGACACCUAACCGGAGUCGAUCCUUGCAACGAGUCGUGGGCACCUUGCAUGGUCCACCCCUAAGAGCCACCUUAUCGGGCAUGCCGACCGCACUGCGGGCCGCACGAGAUGCGAGACAGGUCCAGGGCCGCUUAAGGCCUGAGGUGGGCAUCUCCCCUGGCGCGCGCGAGUUGGCGGAGUCUCCGGACGUGGAGCUCAAGAAGGAGCUCUACCGUAUACGGGAUGGCAGCCAGAUCUUUUUCCACAUUUUGAAGCCAAAGGGCAAGACGCCCACGCAUGCACUUGUGUUCUUGCACGGAUAUAGUUCAACUGGUGACCUUUACCUUGAGUUUCUCUCCGAGCUGGCCCGUUCUGGUGCCAUGGUCUUGAUCCCAGACUUACCUGGUCAUGGGCGAUCCGAUGGACUUCUCUUGUAUAUCCCUGACUGGUGGGUCUUCGUUGACCAAGUCUGGACCGCUCUAGAGCUCGUUCUGCCAGUCGAGUGCAUUUUCGAUGGACAGAUGCUGCCGCUCUUCUUAGCAGGCAACUCUUUGGGUGGUGGCCUUGCAGCUUGCAUGGUCCUGCAGCGCCCCAGCUUCUUCAAAGGCGUGUUGUUGCUGUGCCCCAUGCUCACAGUGAGUGACGAAGUGAAGCCACCCUGGAUUGUGCAGAUGAUCUUCAAAUAUGUCGUUGCGCACCUGUUUCCUACCUGGCCUGUGAGUCCGGUGAAAGAUCUCUCGGACUUUGACUUCCGCGAUCCUCUUCAAGGAAACAAGUACGUGAAGGUGAAUCCCAUGUCGCUACAGGGCUUGACCCCACGACUGGGAACCUCAUUGCAGCUGGGCUUCAUCUAUCCAGACUGGCUCAAGGAGCGCCUCAGCGAGGUGCGCACGCCCUUCAUCAUCCAGCAUGGCUUGGAGGACAGGGUCACCGAUCCGAACACCUCGAAGGAGCUCUACAAGGAAGCGAUUGCCAAAGAUAAGACCCUGAAGCUCUACGAUGGAGUCUACCACUGUGAGAUGUUUUGUUGCCUGCCCGGGAACGAGAAGUUGUUGGGCCUCAAAUGGUCUCCAGAGCAGGUUGCUGUGACAAAGACCUGCCUGGAAGACAUGAAGCAAUGGAUGGCAGAGAGGAUUGGUUCAUGA